GCUUGGUAGUCUCUCUUGUUAAUUGUAUACUUCUGAAACUAUAUGUACGUAUUCAUGCAUCCGCUUCUAUGAACAGGAUACCAUCCCAAGGAGAAUGACUAGAGAACCAGGGACCAUGCAGACCGAAAGCAACGCUGCGGAAGUGAUGCCAGUAAAUGCAUGCAAGCGAUGAAAGCCCGCCCAAACUCCAACCCGGGUAUUUUCCGUCCCACCGGGAGCACUGUUGGUGUUUGUUCUGCUGCUGAAGAAGCUGCUCCUGCUGCUGAAGCUCUUCCUCCACAAGGGGGCCUUGCUGGCGGAUUCGACGUCCCACUGCUCGGCCGAGGUGUCGCGGGGCUUGACGCCGAUCAGCCGGUGCCAACCCAGCGCGAACCAGAGGAUCAGACCGCCGAUGACGACGACGCAGAUGAUGCCAACGACGAGGCCGACGACGAGGGUUUUGCCGAAGCCGUCAUCCAUUUCUUUUGGAGUGUCCAGAGGUCCAAUUGGUCUGUUGUUUUGUGGCUUGAGAAUGGCCUGACUUGGAUCUUUAUCGGCGAACAAAGAGGCCUGGGUUUCCGGUCGUGCUUGAAGAUGCCGUCGCUGGUAUUGUGUAAGAUGCGGUUGGUUCCGUAUCUGCUGACGACGCUUCCACCGCGCUUCAUCUCGUCCCUCUUGCACGGGUUGGCUGACGCAAGCGACCCUCGCCCCGAAACUGCUGUCCCCCGGGCUGCAGGAGCGCGUGCAGAUGCGGCAGCCAAAGUGGAAAGAGACAGAUCCCGGCCGAUCUGCGAUCGCUUUGAAACUUCCCGCGACAGUGCCCACACCGUCACCUGCAGGAAUGGUAUUUUGACUUUCUUGUCCGCGAGCCAGCAACUUCGUAUCCCACCACAACUACUGACUAAAUCAUCAUCACCACUGUACACGCCAAGAGCUGGCGAGUCGUGAUGCUCAAUCUACCAAAGCCAAAACUGUCGUCCGAGCUGCUCGACUGUUCUGGAGGAGUAAUG